UUCAACAUAUCAUUCAGAAGUGUUGCUUCAAAUCGACACAGACAUAAACAGAGACAGACCAGUAAGACAGAUACCUUCAGAAUCUCAGCUGCAUCAUGAAGGAAAACUUUGAGCCCACAGUGAAAUUAAAGCUGGUGAAUGUAACCAGCUCCACGGCACGACCCCAGGGCAAACCAAAGCAGAGAGAACAGUGGGCCAGUAAGGUGGAGUUUUUUCUGGCUGUUGCAGGACAUAUCAUUGGUCUGGGAAAUGUGUGGAGGUUUCCUUAUCUGUGUUACAAAAAUGGAGGGGGAGCUUUCUUUGUGCCAUACAUACUGUUCCUAUUUUCCUGUGGCAUACCUCUCUUCUUCUUGGAAACAUCAUUGGGCCAGUACACUAGCCAGGGUGGCAUCACAUGCUGGAGGAAAAUUUGCCCUCUAUUUGAAGGACUGGGCUAUGGUAGCCAGAUUGUGAUCCUGUACACUGGAGUUUAUUACAUCAUUAUUCUGGCCUGGGCAUUUCUCUACCUGUUCUUCUCAUUCAGCUCAGAGCUCCCAUGGGCUAACUGCAAGAAUAGCUGGAAUACAGAGUCCUGCGUGGAAUUCAGCAAGAACAACAUGACUGAUAAUAUUACAGACAAAAUUACAUCCCCAGUUGUGGAAUUCUGGGAGAAAAGGAUUCUGGGUUUGUCUGGUGGCAUAGAAGAAAUGGGUAAUGUGAGGUGGGAGCUGGCUCUGUGUCUCCUGUUGGCCUGGACCAUUUGCUACUUCUGUGUGUUUAAUGGUGUGAAGUCUACAGGCAAGGUGGUCUAUUUCACUGCUACCUUUCCUUACUUGAUGUUGAUGGUGCUCCUGGUGCGUGGACUGACGCUGCCUGGAGCAAUUAGCGGAAUCACAUUUUAUCUCUACCCAGAUCCUUCUCGCCUCACAGACCCACAGGUAUGGAUGGAUGCAGGUAGCCAGAUAUUUUACUCCUAUGGAGUUUGUACAGGGACUCUGACAGCUUUAGGAAGCUAUAAUAAAUAUGACAACAACUGUUACAGAGACUGCAUGUACUUGUGCUUGUUAAACAGUAUGACUAGCUUUGUGGCUGGAUUUGCUAUUUUUUCUGUGUUGGGCUUCAUGGCUGAUGAACAGGGAAUGGACAUUUCAAUGGUGGCAGAGUCAGGCCCUGGCCUGGCAUUUAUUGCUUACCCACGUGCAGUGGCCUUAAUGCCUUUCCCUCAGUUAUGGGCAGUUUUCUUCUUCAUUAUGAUCCUUUUCCUUGGACUAGAUAGUGAGUUUGUAUAUCAUGAAGCCAUGGUAACAGCAAUCUCAGAUAUGUACCCCUUGUUCUUCCAAAAUGGACACCGACGUAAAAUCCUACUUCUCCUAAUCUGUAUAGUCAGCUUCCUUGUUGGUCUGAUGAUGGUAACAGAGGGCGGACUGUAUGUCUUCUUGUUAUUUGAUUAUUAUGCUUGCAGUGGAAUGACUUUGCUGGCCUUUGCCAUUCUUCAGUCCAUCUGUGUUGGAUGGGUUUAUGGUGCAGACCGUCUGUAUGACAACAUUGAAGACAUGAUUGGUUUUCGUCCUUGGCCCCAUAUGAAGUUCUGCUGGAAAUAUGUGACCCCUGUUAUUUGCAUAGGGACAUUUGUCUUCUCCUUGGUUAAAUACACUCCUCUGAAGUUGAAUAACCUAUAUGAGUACCCCUGGUGGGGUUACGCUCUCGGGGGAUUCUUCACACUCUCCUCUACCAUGUUGGUCCCUUUAUGGAUGGUAUAUGCAUUUUGCAAGACCCCUGGCUCAAUAAGUCAGAGAAUGAAAACCCUGUGUACUCCUGCUGAAGAUCUGCCUAAUCCUAAAUCACCCAAAGGUGUUCUCACCUUUUGCACUUUUGAGACCUUUACAGAUCUUCAGACUUUGCGUCAACACUCUCCAGUAAAUGUAUGACCUAUCUGCAUUAUAAAAAUACACACACACACGCACACACACACACACACACACACACACACACACACACACACACACACACACACACACACACACACACACACACACACACUUGCACAGGCUGCCUAUAAGAGAUCAUGGCUAUUAUCAUUAUCAUUAUUGCCAUGAUCAUAACCAUUAUUCAUUCCAUAGUUGAGCAUUUAUUUAUGUACUUAUAUUCAAACUGUUUCUCUUGUAGACUAUUUAACUAAUAUAUUGGUAUAAAUAAUCUAUGUGAACCGAAGAGUAGAAAUAUACUGUGUUGUGAAAAAGUAUUUCCCUGAUAUCUUCUGUUUUUGUGUAUACCUCAUACUAAAUAGUUUUAGCUCUUCAAACAAAAUACAACACAAAACAAAGGCAACCUGGGUAAACACACAAUACAGGUAUUUUUAAAAUGAAAAUUGAAAAAAAAAAAAAGAGAAGUUACCCAACACCUAUCACCCAUGUGAAAAACUAAUUGCCUAUUCAAACCUAAAAUCUGGUUGUGCCACCUUUAGCAGCAAUAACUGUAACCAAACAAUUCUGAUAACUGUAGCUCCACCUUUCAAGGCACUGUGGUGAAAUUUUGGCCCACUCUUCUUUGCAGAUUUGCUUUAGAUUUUUGAGCAUGCACUGAGUGUUUAAGGCCAUGCCACAGCAUCUCAAUUGGCUCAAGUCAGGACCUUGACUAGGCAACUCCAAAACUUUUUGAACUUUAAACCAGUUGCGUUUGAGUUUUGAACUGAAGACCGAAUAUUAUCCUUUAGGAUUUUCUGGCAGAGAGCAGGAUUCAUGUUUCUCCCAAUUAUUGCAAGUUGCCGAGGCACUGAAGCAGCAAAGCAUCCCCACACCAUCACACUUCCACCACCAUGCUUGACCAUAGGUAUGAUGAUCUUUUUGUGGAAUUCUGUGUUUGGUUUAUGCCAGAUGACAGGACCCCUGUCUUCCAAACAGUUCUACUUUCAACUCAUCAAUCCACAGAACAUUCUCCCAAAAGGUUUGAGGAUCAUCAAGGUGUGUUUUGGAAAAAUUCAGAUGAGCCUUAAUGUUCUUCUGGGUUAGCAGUGGUUUUCGCCUCAUCACUCUUCCAUGAAUGCCAUUGUUGCCCAGUGUCUUUCUGAUAGUGGAGUCAUGAACAGUGACCUUUAUUGAUGCAAGAGAGGCCUGUAGUUCCAUCAAUGUUGUCCUUGGCUCUUUUGUGAAUUGCUGGAUGAGUCAUUGUUGUGCUCUUGGAGGAAUUUUGGAAGGUCGGCCACUUCUGGGAAGGUUCACUACUGUGCUGAGUUUUUCAGUUUGGAUAUACCUCACUAUGCUCCUUUGGAGUCCCAGAGCCUUUGAGAUAGCUCUGUAACCCUUCCCAGACUGAUGUAUUUCAAUUACCUUCUUCCUCAUUAUUUCUGGAAUUUCUUUCAACUUUGGCAUAGUGUGUUACUGAACAGGGUUUGCUGUAAUCAGGCCUGGUUGCAUCUAGUCCAGUAAAACCGAUUAUGAAUGCAGUUUCAUAGAUUUGGGGAAUUAGUAACUACAGGGGCAAAUACAUUGUCACACAGGCCCAGUUGGUACUGGAUAACUUUUUUGCUUUAAUAACUAACAUUAUCAUUUAAAAAGUGUAUUUUGUGUUUACUCAGGUUGCCUUUGUUUUAUCUUAGAUUUUGUUUUACUUUCUGAAACAAUUUAGUACAAGAUAUACACAAAAACAGAAAAAAAUCAAGUCACAGCACGGUAUGUUACCCAAAACUGACAUUGCAUAACAAUUAUUAUUCAAAUAAAAACUUUGUGAGAACCAUAAUUAAUCUAUUUGUUUAGUAAUUAGGAUUGCUAAGUUAAACAAUGAUUGUAUGACCUUGGUGGGACUUGGAUGGUAUUGUUGCACAAGCUGAGCUGUUUUAGAUUUGUAUGUUUGUUUGUUUUUCACUCCUAAUUUUUAUGAAAAUGUAUACAUUUGUUGUAAAUAAACAUGGUCCACAGUCAUGUUGGCACUGGAAAUCCAGCCUAUUUUCCUAUAAACCUAUUUCUAAAAGCUUGUUUCAAGACCUCUCAGGUUUACAAAUACUGCAUGUUUGCACAUGAAAAUGGAGAUAUAUUGUUCCUCAAAAAUGGACAUAUACAAAAAACAUCAUUGUAUGUCAUGAACCCACUUAUUUGCUACAUAUUAUCUGAAAUGCACUACUAUAUUUCUUACAAACUGUAUACAAUCAUUCCUUUAUGAGUUUAUCUUUAAACUUAAAUAAUUAAUAACAACUUCCGGCAGAGCUUCCAGGUCAUUUAUUGUGCCUGCCACUGUGUUUCAUUCCUGUUUUAAUGGUCCCUUGUUGACUUUGUGUAAGUAGGCACUUACAGCAGAAAGUGAGGAGUGGAUUUUUCAGCCAUAGUACAAUAAGUACAGUUGUGUGUUUGCUGAGUUGUCUGAUCUAUUUUACUUUACUAUGUCAUUAUUUGAACUAGGUCAUAUCAGCUUGCUACUAAGUUAACCAGCUGGCAUGCCAAUUAUCUAGCAGAACCAAGUAUUAUACCUAGUGCAGUGCAAUAAUUUCACUUCUGUCAGGGGAAAUAGUUCCAUCUAAUGGACAAAUUAUAUUAUUGUAAGUUUCACAAAGUUUAUUUUUAAGAAAGAUUUGCCUUUAAUACAUAAAUGUGAAGUGUAAAAUCUGUGCAAUG